AUGAAAAGAUUUCAGCAAAUUGAGUUUAAACUUGACCUUCAUUCUAGACUUAAGGACCCAAGUAAAAACAGCUACAGAGUUAUCAUAAGCAUUAAACCCAUAAAACCUGCUAAUUAUGAGAAUAGUAAGCUAGAUGAAUAGGCAUUCAGGAUGCGAUAUAGAACGAUGAUGAAACUUGACAUAUAAGAGUAUAAAGCAAUUGAACAUCAUCUAGUAAAUAAUAACUUUAAAGUGGUAACCCCUUCACCAUCCAAGCUACCAAAGAAUAAAUAUCCCUAUAUAUUACUGAGAAUAAGUAACAUCAAAAUAUUCAGGAUACCAGCAAUAACUGAGGAAGUCUUUAAGAACUCUGAAGUAUAUAAGCAGAGAUAAAAAAUUGAGAGUUUUAAAUUGGAGUCUACUCAUUUUAAAGAUUGGCAGUUGAGUUUACUAAGACAUAUGUUUUACGGCUAUGGAAAUAGUGCUGUAUACACCUCACAUACUAAUUCAGCGUCCACUUUUAGUACUAAUAAUAAGGGCUACAAUAUCAAAAUACCAAUCAAGGCUGAUUUGCUUGAUGAUGCAUAGUUCGACGACUUGAUUGUUGCAUACCAUGAUUUUCAUCCUGUAAUUAUAGUUAAUGAUGAGGAUGAGAGCAUUAAACUCACAACCUAGACUCACUUAGAGGAACUUAGAAAUCAUGCAAGAUUAUUGUUUAAACAGGAAAGCAAUUACUUCACUUUAAUGCCCUAAAAAAUCAAGAUAACAUGCUUGAUUAUCAAAAACAAGAGUUUCAACUAUUGA